AUGGAUACCUGCAGGGUACGAGUCUGGGUGUUUCUUGUCCUGCUAUGGCAAGACCGGUCUUUGGCAUCGCAGUUUCCGACACAGCUCAUGAUUAAGGAAUGGGUUGAUCAGAUGCAGAAAGAGCUUGUCACCCUGGCAGACACAGCCACAGCUUGGAAGAGUCUCAAUCAGAUUUUUCUGAGAAACCAAGAGCGGUACACUGUAGAGCAAAAUGACGCAGAGGAGCUGGUGGCCAGAGCAGCCAGGAACAUUGAACAGCUGCUGCGGAAGAGGUCUGCUGCCUUGGAGAAACUGGCUACAGCUGCUGAGAACUUCCAGAUGGAGCAUCAGUGGAGAGACGAGUUUGAGGAUGAUGAAAUAUCCUACUACAACGCAAAGGACAAUCUGGAUGCAAAUGAGACAGAGGGAAGAAAAUACAGGCUUCGACCAGACUUUAAGGAGGACCUGUUGUUUAAACGUUUGACUGAUCAGAACCACACGGCCGUCCACAUCCCCACUGACAUCUAUGAUGGCUCUACCAUUGUGUUGAAUGAGCUGAACUGGACCGAGGCACUGGAGGAUGUGUUUAAAAGGAACAGAGAGGAUGACCCGACCCUUCUGUGGCAAGUGUUUGGUAGUGCUACAGGCCUGGCUCGCUACUACCCAGCAUCUCCCUGGAUGGAUGCUCGCAAGACUCCCAGUAAAAUCGACCUGUAUGAUGUACGCAGGAGACCAUGGUACAUCCAAGGAGCUGCCUCACCCAAAGACAUGCUGAUCCUUGUAGACGCGAGUGGGAGUGUGUCUGGCUUGACUCUCAAACUCAUCAGGACCUCUGUCAGUGAGAUGCUGGAGACGCUGUCUGAUGAUGAUUAUGUCAAUGUAGUUUAUUUUAACACCAGGGUGAAGAAGACAGCAUGUUUUGAACAUCUGGUACAAGCCAACGUGAGGAACAAGAAGCUGCUGAAGGAUGCUGUGCAGAACAUCACAGCAAAAGGAAUCACAAACUACACAAAAGGCUUUGAAUUUGCCUUUGAGCAGCUCUCAGUGACUAAUGUGAGCAGAGCAAACUGCAAUAAGAUUAUUAUGCUGUUUACUGAUGGAGGAGAAGAAAGAGCUCAGGCCAUACUGGAGAAAUACAAUGCUGACAAAAAGGUGAGGAUCUUCACCUUUUCAGUUGGACAGCACAACUAUGAUAAAGGACCCAUUCAAUGGAUGGCCUGCUCCAACAAAGGUUACUUCUAUGAGAUUCCUUCCAUUGGAGCCAUCCGAAUAAACACACAGGAAUACCUGGAUGUCCUGGGAAGACCUAUGGUUCUGGCAGACAAGCAGGCCAAACAAGUCCAGUGGACUAAUGUAUACCUUGAUGCUCUGGAACUGGGUUUGGUCAUCACUGGAACACUUCCUGUCUUUAACAAAACCAAGACCAAAGAUGACAGGAAUGGCGAGCACCAGAAUCAGUUGAUUCUCGGCGUAAUGGGAAUUGACGUGUCUCUGGAUGACAUCAAGAAGCUCACACCGCGUUUCACAAUUGGUCCAAAUGGAUACUACUUUGCCAUUGAUCCCAAUGGAUAUGUCCUGCUGCACCCCAAUCUCCAGCCAAAGAAUCCUAAAUUCCAGGAGCCUGUCACACUGGACUUUCUGGAUGCUGAGCUGGAGAAUGACAUCAAAGUGGAGAUCAGGAAAAUGAUGAUAGAUGGCGAGACCGGUGAACGCACCAUUCAGACUCUGGUGAAAACUCAGGAUGAGAGAUACAUCGAUCGAGGAGUUAGAACCUACACAUGGGCACCUGUCAAUGGGACAGAUUACAGCCUGGCUCUUGCUCUUCCUAAAUACAGUGAACACUUCAUUCAAGCUAAACUGGGGGAUGACAUGAAACAAGCCAUGUCUUCUACUUGGGGCAAGGAGGCGAUGGAAACCAUACAGCUGGAGAGAUUUGAUGAGUUUGGUUACACCUACAUCGCUCCAAGGGAGUACUGCAAAGACCUGAAGUUGUCAGUCAACAACACCCAGUUUCUCCUUGACUUCAACCAGUACAUUGAUAGGAACACUCCAAAUGCAUGUAACGUGUCCCUUGUGAGUCGACUAAUCCUGGAUGCCGGUCUGACAGCGGAACUGGUUAAACUUUGGAAUGAGCAGACAGUGGAUGGGAUCGUAGCCAGAUUUGUAGCCACAGAUGGAGGAAUCACAAGAGUCUAUCCAAGAAGCACUGGGGAAGAGUGGGCGGAGAAUCCUGAGACAUAUGAGUCCAGUUUCUACAAGAGGACCCUGGACAAUGAAAUUUAUAUUUUCACCGCUCCAUCUUUCAACGCAGAGACCAGGGAGCCUGUUUCUGAUUCAGGUAUUCUAGUGAGCAAAGCAGUGGAUCUCACCAUAGAUGAAAUUACACUGAAACCGGCAGUGGUGGGAGUGAAACUCAAUGUCUCAUUCUGGAUGAACAGUUUCAUGAAUGCUACACUGAAACUGAAUUGCAAAGAUGAGAUCUGUGGCUGUUUGAGGAAUGACAAGUAUGUAGACUGUGUGAUCCUGGAUGAUGGGGGAUUUCUUCUCAUGUCCAAUCAGGAUGAGUAUAUUACCCUUAUAGGUCAGUUCUUUGGCGAGGUGGAUCCUGUGCUGAUGAUCAACCUGGUCAACACCUCCCUGUAUUCCUUCAAUAAGACCUAUGACUAUCAGUCUGUCUGUGACCCGGAGAAAGACAGCAAGGCUGCAGCGGGACCCCGCUCCGUCUAUGUGCCUACAAUAGCAGACUUGCUCAGUAUUGGCUGGUGGGCCUCCAGUGCUGCAUGGUCAAUACUCCAGCAGCUCUUCUUCAGUCUAAUGUUCCCUAACCUUCUUGAAGCAGUAGAGUCAGCAGAUGAGGACAUACCAGACGCCAUGUUUAAAGAAAGCUGUAUCACAGAGCAGACUCAGUACUUCUUUGACAAUGAUGAAAGAUCUUACUCAGGUGUCCUGGACUGUGGAAACUGUUCUAGGAUGUAUCGCGCUGAGAAGCUGCCAAACACCAACCUAGUGUUCCUGAUCACUGAUGCCAGGGCAACAUGUUUGUCGUGUGACCCGAGACCGCUACGACAGGCUGAACAACCCUCUGAAGGUCCAGAUCCAUGCGAGCUGGCUCAAAACCCCAGAUAUCGCAAAGAGCCGGAUGUGUGUUUUGACAACAAUGAAAACGAUGAGCCGUUGUGUCCAAUCAGCAGAGGUCCUGCAUGGAGCCCCACACCCCUCUUCUUGUUUCUGCUGCUGAGUUCAGGGAGGAUGAUUCUGAUUGUGGAGGAGGGACCUGCCUAAGCCCAUGUCGUUGGUCAAUACUUGGGCUCCAACUGCUGCUGCUGUGGCUCAUCACAACUUUGCAACAUUCAUGACCCCUACACACACCCACA